UCGCCGUCGCCCCUCGCCAGUGCAGCAGCAGUUCCGCCUCCGGCCUCCCCAGUCCGCGACCCUCGCCUGUGGCAGCAGCCCGUGCAGCAGCCGUUCGCCCGUGCAGCAGCCUCCGAGCUCCGACGACAGUUUGCUACAUUGUCAUGGAAUCUUCUCGCAAUAGUAAUAGAGUUGAGGAAGAUGAUAUUGAUAUGAAUGAUGAUAUGGAUGAUGAUGGCUUAGAGGAUAUUCCUAUUGGCGAAGACGGGGAAGAGACAAUACAAACUGGAGCUCAAAGUGGAGCAUCAAAGAAAAGGAAAGGAGGAAGUGCACGUUCAGAUCAUUGGAAAGCAUUCACACUCUUAUGGGUUGAAGAAGGUGAUCCUCCGGAGAAGACGCGAAAGGGGAAGUGCAAGACAUGUGGAGCUAUAAUUAGCGCCGAUUCAUACCGUAAUGGGACGAAUGGCCUCAAAAAUCACACUAGUAAUUACCUGUUUUAAUAUUAUGUAUCUCCCUCUGAUGUUUCUUGCAGUAAUGCUUCAGUUGUUUUGAAACAUCUAAUCAUGGAUUCAAAGACUCAC